GUCAGUGAUAACUAAACCUUUGAGCACAGCAGACGCUACGUGCUGACUUUUGUCAUUCAAAUUAUUUUGUAUGCAACAAAAAUUUUAUAAAAUUAACAUUAUCAUUGUUUCUGUGGCCGUGAUCAGUGAAAUAAAGUGACCAACUGAAAAAUGCAGAUGCAGCUGCAAUCGAGAUCUUUACUCUGGCUUUUUCUGCUGGUUAUAAAUGGGUUAGGUGGCAAUGCUUAUCGCAUACUCUUUAUGGGCCCCUUUCCCGCACCCAGUCACUGGAUGUGGCUGGAGCACUUUCAGCGGGAUCUACUGAAGCGUGGACACGAGGUGACCAGCAUUAACAAUCAUCCAACGAAGACGCCACACGAAAAUCUAACUGAGAUUAUUCUCAAUCCGACUUUUGAUAUACCCAAGCAUUUUCCCAAGAAGAACAUAUUCAGCAUGCGUUUUGCCAGUGAUUUUCAAAAUCUGCAAAUGUGGUGGCUAAUUGGUCAAAUGACUACGGAGCAUGCGUUGCAGGAUGUGCAAGUUCAAAGACUCAUCGCUAGUCAGGAUGAGCACUAUGAUCUCGUUAUUUUAGAGCAGUUCUUUCACGAGGCAUUCCUCAUGUUUGGUCAGAAGUUCAAGUGUCCUGUGGUCACCAUUGGCACCAUGGGCUACGCUGAUAAUAUGGAUCAUGCCAUGGGCAUCCUAACACCCUGGUCGGUCAUACCUCAUCUGCUACUGCCACACACCGAUCAGAUGACCUUUACUCAACGUGUCUACAACACAUAUCUCUCCGUUUAUGAUGCAGCUAUGAGACGAUGGUGGUAUCUACCCAGAAUGCAACAGAUAGCGGAGAAGUACUUCGGAGCAGCUAUUAAAGGUGCCCUACCCCAUGUGCAUGACCUGGAGCGGAAUAUAUCGCUGAUGCUGAUCAAUAGUCAUCGCAGUGUGGAUCUGCCACGCCCCAGUAUGCCGGGCCUGAUCAAUGUGGGCGGAGCGCACAUUCAGCCUGCCAAGGAAUUGCCCCACGAUAUGCAAAACUUUCUGGACAAUGCAACGCAUGGCGUUGUCUACUUCAGUCUGGGCUCCUAUAUGAAGAGCACUGAUAUGCCGCCCGAGAAGACAGCUCAGAUACUACAGGCUUUUGGCAAACUCAAACAGAAGGUUCUGUGGAAAUAUGAGAAUGCAUCCAUAGGACAAUUGCCUGCGAAUGUUAUGAUAAGCAAGUGGAUGCCACAGAAUGACAUUCUGGCACAUGCGAAUAUGAAAGUUUUCAUCACACACGGCGGCAUCUUUGGCACCCAGGAAGGCAUAUAUUGGGGCGUCCCAAUGCUGUGCAUUCCCUUAUAUGGAGAUCAGCAUAGAAAUACCAUUAAAUCGGUGCGUGAAGGUUAUGCCCGUUCUCUAGUCUUUUCUAAGCUGACUGUCGAUGAUCUGGUGCGCAAUAUUGAGGCUCUAAUUUAUGAACCACAAUACAAACGUAGUGCUCUGGAGGUGUCUCAACGUUUCCGGGAUAAUCCCAUGCAUCCGCUGGAUGAAGCCAGCUUCUGGAUUGAGUACAUCAUUAGGCAUAAGGGAGCGCGGCAUCUGAAAUCGCAAGGUGCCUUUCUGCCACUCUAUCAGUAUCUGCUGCUUGAUAUUUUGGGCUGUGUACUCCUGGCUCUCUUUCUGACCGUGUGGCUGCCUUGGCGCAUGCUGAGAAGGGUCCACAGAUGGUGGUCUAUGGCGGCAGCAAAAGCUCAGGCUCAGGAGGUCAAGAAACAAUUGUAAAUGGUUUUCAAUUUGCAAUUUAUUUACUAGUUUAGUUAGUGUAAGGCUACAACAAAUAAAAGUGAUAUAACUAUGAA